AUGUUAGAGAUAAGCAAUUGCAAUAAUCAUAGUCAUAUUUAUAGGUGUAUUUUAUUUUUAUUUUUAUUUGUUCUCUCUGUAAAUAGUUUAUCGACUUGCAAAUAUUCUUAUUUCGAUUUUUCAUCUAUAGCCAAUAAAACAUUUUCGUAUCAGGGUGUCUCAUUUCAAGGAGCAAGUGCAACAUAUUACUGGACAGUUUGUGGAACAAGCGCUUUAUGUAAUAGUAAUACAAAUAAUAAUGAUAUAUCUGCUUGUCAAAAUGUUACAUCUGGAUUUUUAAAUACAGGAGAAGAACCUGGUGCGUGGUCCUCGAAUGGAACUUCUUUGGCUGUGUUUUUCAAUGCCACCAGAGGCGCUGCUUGUUACAACAAAUUGAAAAGAACAACAACAGUACAUUUGACCUGUGGUCUGGGCGAAACUUCCAUCAUCAAUGCGUAUGAGCCAGCCUCACCCUAUUGUCAAUACCAAAUGGAGAUGUACUCUCCCAUGGCAUGCCGAUUGCCCCAGAUAAGCUCACUUCAAAUCGCACAAUAUCCAAAGGGUGCUGCAUAUCUAUCGCUUCAGAUAGGUGAAAUUGAAAAAAAACCAACCUACACCGUAUCGGUCGCUGGUAUCGAGUGCACCAACUCUUUAGUGGCCAACCAACUGUAUACAUGCGAACUGACAUCAUUGAGAUUGGAGAAUGGAGGCAACUAUUCGAUUAGAAUAUUCAGUAAGAGUGCAACUGGAAUUCCAGAGACAACAUUCCCCAUAAACAAUUAUAUUCUUAAAUAUCCAAUUGUCUCUGCCGUGAACUCAUUGACUGUCAACGGAGGAAAUCUCACUCUCGGUGGAUAUUUUGGAACCAAUUUAAAUUUACCAUCGGUAGUACUUAAUGGUUCGGUAGAAUGCCAAAUUCUAGAGAUUUCAUCGACCACCAUUAUCUGCAGGUUGAAUUCCACACAACUACAACCUGGUAGAGCCAGUCUUAAUGUUACUGUAGACGGUUAUCCAUUUACCUCCCAUAGCCUGAUUUCGGUAGUUAGCAACGACUAUUCUAAGUGUGAGAGAGAAGGAUGCAGUGGAAAUGGAAAAUGCAAUGAAAUCACCGGUACUUGUGACUGCGAUAACAACUACUAUGGUCCAAAAUGCAAUUUGAAGCCUGGUGAUGGUGAAGGUGGUGUUUUCAAACCAAAUAAAACAAAGCCAUCGAUAGAUAUCGAAUACAACGGAUAUGUGUUUAGAUUCUCUAUUUUCUCAAUCCAAGAGAUUCGUGGCGACGGAUCGAUUGAAUUUGAGGUUACACCAGACCAAUGGAACCACACCAUCGAUAAUAGCACCGCUCUUACCACCAUAGACUACGACAUGCUUCCAAGCAACUCAUCCGCUCAAAAGCAAUUGCAAGUAAAAACAAGAAUUUCAUUUUCAAGCUUGGCAAGAACUUUCACCUUUGGUUCCAAGUCAUACAAUCUACCACCCAAUGCUGUAAAGGUUGGAGUUAACGUUUCAAACUGGGUCUAUUCAUCGAACUUGAAUUAUCUGCGGGUUGUAUUUAUCACUGCUUACAACCCAAGCCAGAAGAUUGGAUGUGGUGGCGAGAUUAAUGCAUUCAACAAAGAUGACCAAAGCUCUAUUCAAUCUCUAAUGAUCGUAAAGGACGAUGUUAUAUACUACGGACGUUUCCUUGACUAUUCGAUUUCAGACGGUAGAGAAACCUACUCUAGUAACGAGUUGAUAAGUGUAGAUGAAGAAGCAAAGACUGCGCUCAUCGGUAUCAAUCUUCCACAAUGUAACGUUUGUGAAUUGGAUCCAGAUUUCUCAUCGUUGGUGUCGACAGACAACAAUUCUUGUUCAAAGGUAGAAUUCGAAGUUUGGAAAAUCGCCUUGAUUUGUGGUUUGGUAGGAGGUACACUCUUGAUCGGAUUGGGUAUCAUCUUUUACUCCAAGAGAAAGUAUUUCUAUCUCAGAUAUCUUAGUCUGACGGCCAAGAAAGAUCCAAACGUCAACCUAACAAAUUUAAAUUCCAGUCAAUCAACAGUCAAAGUAGUUUAA